UCAUGAAAGAGCAUAUCAUGGAAUGUUGCGGAUCCCUGCUAGGAAUUCUUUGUUUAUGAAUAUUUGAACGCAGAAUAUGUGUAGAGCUUUGGUGAUAUUUUUGUUUCAUUUUUUUCUAUGAAAUUUAUUGAAACGUUCUCAAGCAACAUGGAAAGACAUAAUCUCACACAUGUCUUAGAGUUCCAUCUCAUGACCUUCUCAGAGGACCCAGACCUGCAGCCCGUCCUCUUCGGACUGUUCCUGUCCAUGUACCUGGUUGCAGUGCUCGGGAACCUGCUCAUCAUCCUGGCCGUCAGCUCUGACUCCCACCUCCACACCCCCAUGUACUUCUUCCUCUCCAACCUGUCCUUGGCUGACAUCGGUUUCACUUCCUCUACAGUCCCGAGGAUGAUUGUGGGCAUCUCAACUCAAAGCAGGGUCAUCUCCUAUGGGGCCUGCCUCACACAGAUGUCGCUUUUUAUCCUUUUUGCAUGUACGGACAACAUACUUCUGACAGUGAUGGCCUAUGACCGGUUUGUGGCCAUCUGCCACCCCCUGCACUAUGCAGUAAUCAUGAACCCUCGCCGCUGUAAAUUAUUACUUUUGCUGUCAGUCUUUGUUAGCCUUGUGGAUUCCCAGGUACACAAUUUAACUAUCUUACAAUUUACCUGUUUCAAAGAAGUGCAAGUUGCUAGUUUCUUUUGUGACCCUCCUCAAAUCCUUGACCUUUCAUGUUCUGGUUCCUUAAUCAAAAACAUAGUCACAUAUGUGGUUGGAAUCCUCUUUGGUUUCUUUCCCAUGUCAGGGAUCAUUUUCUCCUACUAUAAAAUUGUUUCUGCCCUUCUAAAAACCCCCUUAUCUGGGGGGAGGUACAAAGCCUUUUCUACCUGUGGUUCUCACCUGUCAGUUGUUUGCUUAUUUUAUGGAACAGGCAUUGGAACGUAUCUUGGUUCAAUUGCAUCAUAUUCUCCCAGAAAGGGCAUGGUGGCCUCACUGAUGUACACUGUGGUCACCCCAAUGCUGAAUCCCUUCAUCUACAGCCUGAGGAACAAGGACAUCAGUAGCACCAUGAAGAGGCUCCACCACUGGAAAAUCUAAUCCAAGGAACUUUGCCAUCUAUUUUGAGUGUGAUUUACAAAAUGUGUUAAUAAAGAAAGUCCAAAACUUAUCUGAAAAUCCUAAAUCUUUCAUCCUUGGUUUUAUUGUUCAUUUUUUUCUGAAA